AUGAAAGUAGAAAUACUUGAUGAGACUUGUGCGAGAACAGAACCUUAUGGUGGAAGAAAGUACAGUAAUGGAUAUUACUUAGCGACGAAUGUUAAGAUCAAAGAAUUGGAAAUGAAUGACAUUAAACUCCAAAAUAAAUUAAAUGAAAUAAUAAACCACACUAAAACUAAUAGUUUACUUAAAAAUAAAGAGUGUUUAAAAGAUGACAGUAAAUUGAUUAAAGUAAAUAGGAAUAAAAACCGUGCUAGCUUAUUUGGAAAACCUGUUGCAAUAGAAAAAAACGUAACUGAGGUUGACAGCUCAAGUGAUUCUACUAUUGCUGUAGCAGAUACACACUCAGAUAUAUCAAAGACUCUUCAAAAUAAAUUUUCUAAUAAAUCUAAAUUAAUCUCUUGGCUUGAAACAAGUUAUAAGCAAUAUAAAAGAAAAGCUGACCUGGGCAACAUUAAUUUAUGCUUAGGUCCGCCGCAACCUGGAAAAAUGGCAUUAUAUCCAUGGGACUUUAUUUUAAGUAGAUAUCGAGAACGUAAAAAUUACUUUCUUAUUACAAAAACAAAACCCUAUCGUCUAUUUAUGACCGUUAAUGAAAACAACCAGUUCUUUGCAUCGAGCACUAAUAUAAAUAAUAUUCCAUGGUCAGAAAUAGAUAAAUAUCCUAUAACUGUGAGAAAUUUAUUAACAAAUGCGACUGAUAUCCGAGAUAAUUUUUUUAUAUUGUUUGGCCUAACACACUCAUGGGAGCUCGUUGGUUCUGUAACAAAAAUAAGUGAAAGCAUUGGUAGUGCUGACGUGAACCUAUCGGAUUGUCAAAGUAAUGAAAGUCAUAAUGAAGUUUUACGCUUGGAAAAUAUACUUAACACUGGUAAACCAUCGGCGGCAACAACUGUAAAUAAAGAAAUAUCUACCAAUUAUAGUCAAAAGCAUAAUAUAGAGGAAAAAACAAAUGAAAGUGGUUCAGAUUCUUCGAAAUGGUUUGUUAUGACUAUAGAAAAUGACUUUAGUGAAAUUCAGUUCUUCAACAAAGGUUUCUUUGUAAAGUAUGAAAGUGUUAUGAGGGCUAUAAAUGUCUCUCGAGCAUCGAAAAAAACCGUUAGAUUAUCGUCUCAAAAAUGUAACAGUCGGCAAAGUGAUCCGCAAUUCGGAAUUUAUGCAAUACCGAGCGAAAAUGACUUUUGUGUUUUUAUUGGCCCAUAUGAAAAGGAUGAAGAACUAGGCAUAGAGACUAUAAAUACCACAACGGACCCAACACGGAAACGCACAAGAGGUGUUUGGAUUACUACUGAAAAGAUUGAUAACUUAAGAGUUAUCGAUAAUCCCUUAUCUUUUAUGCCAACAAACUUUAACAUAAGCAAUGAAAUUCCUUUGCAUUCCCAUUUUAAUACACCUAAUAUUAAGGGAAAUGAUGACAUGUAUUCUGACGAACAAAAAAAACGAAAGAAAGUUGUAAAGACAUUAAAACCAAUCCGAAUUGGUAAAAGUAAUGGUUUUUAUCACUUGGCGUCUGAUGGCUUGUUGCAUCAAAUAAGUCCUGAGAAGUCUCAGUUAAACACAAGUAACAUUGUUGUUACGUUACAAGACCAUAAUGAUAAAUCAUUUGAAAGAAGUACUUGCAACGAAAGUGAAAACAAGACGCAAUCAGAGAACCAUGGCAUUUUCAGUAAGAAACUAUUUAAUAAGCCUAUUGCAGAAAUAGCUCCACAACAGAAAAGCACAACGACUCAAAUGCCAGUAAAAAGAAAAUUGGAAGGUAUGUUUAUACUUAACCCAGAAGAAAUAAACCAAAGGUCUUUCGAAGGGAGAAUUCGAACCGACCCCACCGAGGAUAAUCUAAAUACUAGUAGCACUAAUAAUAUAAUUAUUAACAAUGAUAUAGAAAAGUUUUUAGCGAGCUCCACGAUUACAGAGCCUCCAAAUGAAGAUAUUUUUAUAAUUUCGGAUGAAGAAGAUGUUUCUGAAAGCCCUUAUGACUUUAAGUAUCAAUACAUAAUUUGUAAAAAUAUUAAAAGUUUAGGUUGGAUUCAUGGAAGACGCGAUUCUGAAAAUCGUCUAAGUUUUGAAUUCCCGGGAUUUAAAGAAACGGAAUUUUAUCCGGAACAUGAAGCAUUUGAAAAAAUUAAUCAAGUAUUUUCCAGAAAAGUUUACGUACCAAAAAAUAUUACUUUAGAAUGGUGCACAGUAGAUGACCUCUCCCAAAUAGAAGAAAGGCAAAAGCUUGAAAGUCAUGAGCUGAAUGCAGACCAUAUAAUGACCAAAAAAGGGCUUUGUCAUAAAUCAGAUGUAAUAAAAAAUAUCAAGACGCCACGAAGAAGCACGGAAACUACGGAAACUGACAUUGAGAAAUGUCUGUCGUCCGAUUCAAUUAAACCGGAAUUUAAUGAAAUGAAAAAUGCUCUUCUAAAGGAACUAGAAGAAACCAGCGCGCAGCUCGAAGACGAAAGUGAUAUGCUUCUGACGGAGACUCUAUCGAGGAAAGAGACUUUCUUGGACACACUGGGUAGUAUGAGUGAAAAUGCUCGGCGUCAUUUCAGCGAAAAGUUACAAGAAAUGUACUCUAGUUCCGAGGAACUAUCGUCUGAUACGUAAAUAGUUACUGCUGAUAUAACUCCAAGAUUGGAGACUGCCUGGAAAGCUACUGGAUAUUGAAUACAGGCGCGGUCGCAGCCUGAAAUUUAGGGGGUCACGAGAUUCUUGAGGCCUUUAGGCCUUCAGCGCUCACGAGGGGGCGUUAUCGCCCACUUUGGGAAAGGCUGCAC